AUGAAAAAUUUAAGUAUAGAAACUGAUAAAAGCGAUAAAAGUCCACAAAUAAUGAGAAGAAAUAACGAACACUUUGUUUCGUAUAGUGUAGAUGACAAGUACACUUGCUAAUGCAAUUUAUGCAUAUCAUCGUUGAAGAAAAAAAUACCCAAACCAUUAGAUGAACCAUAAUAAGUUAAAGGGAAGUAAAUGUCAAAUGAUAGAGACUUUAUUUUUAUUGUGACUCGUUUGGUUUAAGAAUCCUUUGGCAGAACUUUAAACAUUUAGAUUUAAGACACUGUGUAUUUUGAGAAAGGAGAGCCUUAAUCUAUUUUAUAGAGUAUCAAAGAUGGUAUAGAUAGGCCAUACUAAUUGAGAGUUCAAUAAUGGAAAGGAUCAUUAUAAAAAUUAAUGCAAUACUUGAAUAACAGAAGGAAGAAAAUUGCAAAUACUAAUAUGUAAUUAGAUUUGAUCCAACUGAAUGAAAAAUAAUAGUCAGCUUUGAGUAAUGUAAAUAAAGAAUAAAUAAAUAAUAUUAGUGAAAAAAGUAAGGAAGCUGUUUUAGUAAAGUUUGACGAUGAUUCAGCACAAAUAAUGACUGAAUCUGAGUUUUUUUUAUUGAUGUCUAAAAGAAAGGGGGACAAAUUUUGGCACAAAAUAUUUUAUAUAUAAAAUUAUAUCAAAUAGAGAGCAUUUUUAACUCAUAGAAUUCACUUCAAUAGAAAAAGAGAUGUGAAUCAUAAAUUAUUUGAUAGAAGUGCAAUGGAGACUCGCAUUAUCAGAGGUGAAGUUAUCUCAGCAUCAACAGAGUAUAUUAGUCAGACAAUUGAAGAUGAAUUCCUUAGGUAAUUAAAAGAAAGAAGUACCUUUGAAUACCUAAGAUAUAUUACCUUUAAAAUCGUUUAGUUUUUAGAUAUACUUGAUGACACAAUCAUUAAUGAUGGUAUUUUUGAAUGGAAUUAAGAUGACAGAGGGGAUUUUCAAUUUUUCAAUGCAUUCUAAUUGAGUUAUGAAAAAAGAGCCAAGGAGGAGAGAUUAGUUUUACUCAAACCACAUGGCUCUAGUAAUAAUAAUAAUGGAAUCGAUACUGAUAGUGCUGAGGAAGAAAAGGAAAUAGAUCCAAGAAAAAUGUUCAAUAGAAAAUACUAAUUAAGACAAAUGGCUAGAAAUGCCCAAAAUAAAUUAAAAUUGAAAUAAUAACAUUUAUUAUAUAAAGAUACUCCAAAAGUAAGUUAAUGGCAGACCUAUAUGCAAGAUGAUUACCUGGCUUUAUUAAAAUCUGUUGGCAUUGAUAAAAAUUAAUUUAAUUUGAAAGAGGACAAUUAAUCAGAAUUGACCUUCAAAUAACUCCAUCCUGAAAUCUAAAUAGACUUUUAAAAGAUUAUGAAAGAUCAAUCAUUGUUCAAUAAACUAAAGAAAUAACUCUUUACUGACAAUAAUAAAUCUAAGCCUAUUUCACAAUCAAAAAUGUUAAACAGUUUCUUUUUAACUCCAGAAAAAAAAAAGCAAAGGUCUCGAACAGUCUCUAAAUAACCUAGAUAGGAUCUAAUUUCAACCUUAAACCAAUCUUCAAUCAAGAAAAGCAUUAGGUCAGUUGAUCGAACUGUGAGCGAAUUUAGAUAUGAUUUUAGCAGAAACGGAAAAAGAUCAGCAAAAACACUUAAUAAAAUACUUGGUUUGGCAAAUAGCUGA